GGCGUUAAGAAGCAACUCAUCGACGAACAUCAAGUCAGUGCAGCAGACGAUAAGAAGAGUGUCAAACAAGGUGCUCUCGAUAGAUUUAAGCAAAAGAAGAAAAAGUAAAAGUAAAAAUACCGUUUUCAAUCGAUUCUACGAAAGUUUCAAAUAAAUUUGAUGUAAAUGAUAAGAAAAAGUCGUUUUGAAGUGUUUAAUUGAAUCAGAGAUGAGUGUAGUAAGUCAGCAGCAGCAGCAGCAGAUCGAAGAAGAGCUCGGUACGCCGAUCGAUCAAGUUAUUGCUUCUUUCAUUUGGUGUGAUGGACAUAUUUGUGUUUCGUAUUACAAUGUUUCAUCGUUGGAUUUGUUCAUCACAUACGAAAUGGUGGAUUUACGACCGGAUUUUUGUCACUUACAAAAUCUAUUUCGCAUCAUGCCAAAUAUGCGAAAUGUGUUGGCCAGUGGACCGGAAAUUUUCUUGACGGCCGUAAUGAAGCUACUUGGCCUACCAAACAAAAUGGACCCCAAUCAGUAUCGAUUGAACCGCUUGAAAACACUUAGCGCAGCCACUUUCGUGGUGUACGCAAGUAAUGAGAAAACAUUGGCCGAGAAUCGAAAACGAAUACUCGAAAUGCACAUGCCGCGAAUGACCAACACAAUGACGGUGCAACAACGCUUCAAUUUCAUCGAAACCGUUGUUCCACUUCAUCAAACUCUGGUCGUGCAGAGCCUGGGCAAUUUGCUACAUUUUUUGGACGCCAAUUGGAAGCAUUUAUUCUUGAGAGAAGAGACAAGACCCUUCGUUUCCGAUGUGAAAGUUUACAAACUCGAUGGCACUGUUCUGCUUGAUGAAUCGACAUUCAGUGCGUUACAGGUAUUUGCACACAAAGAUCAUCCAUCAGGAUUCAAGAGAGGCGCAAGUAGUGCCCCUACAACGGAUAACGGUGCAUUGUCUCUGUACGGUGUUAUGAACACUUGUGUGUCUCGUUUGGGUAGUAAUCAACUAAAGGUGUGGCUGUUUCAACCAGUGAGCGAUGUAACGGAGCUAAGACGUCGGCAUCGUAUGAUUGAAUGGUGUCGAAAUGAAAAAAACGCCGUUAAUUUGACCAAAUUUCGUGCUUCUCUCAAGAAAAUUGUGAACGCUGGUGAACUUUACGCCAAAUUGAUUCGUACGCGUGGCAAACCGAGUAUUUGGAAAGUAUUCAAGCGGUCACUGUACUAUGCAAAUGAUAUUGCUGAUAUUUGCAAAGCAUUGCUCCGAUCAAACACACCCGACAUCGUCGAAACAGUUAUCGAAGACUAUGGCAAAUAUGUGAACGAAAACACUGAGGUGUACAACAUGCUGAAACACGUUGACACCAUAAUUGAUUUGGAUGAGUCGAUUGCAACCGGCAAUUUCACAAUCCGAACGGGGUUGGACACCGAUCUUGAUGGAAAGAAAGCACUAUUUCUCAAGGCUCGAGAUGAGUUACAAGCAUUGAUGGGAGACGAUCUCAAGCAAUUUCCGUCUGGGAUCAAAGAAGCCACAUGCCACUUUGUGGCUGAAAUGGGAUUUUUAAUUGUAUUUCCAUCGGCUGGCUUGGUGUCACCCCAAAUGCUAGAGAGUGGCCAUUUGAAAUUCAUCUAUAAAUUGCAAGACUCAUUCUACUACACAUCAUCAUUGUGCACCGAAAUGAACAAGAAGUAUGGCCACUUGUAUGUGGAUAUUCGUGAAAGAGAGCAAGAGAUUUGCGACCGUUUGAUGGAACACGUUUACGAGCGACUCUAUGAUAUUCAUCGCGCAAUCAAUUAUUGUGCCCAACUCGAUUGCUUGAUGGCAAUGGCAUCAUUCUCAUUGACAUACGAUCUGGUUCGACCUGAAAUGGUUACUGAACAAAAAAUUCUCGAAAUUAAGGAUGGACGACACUUGUUAGUUGGCCUACAGCGAAAGUGUAUACCAAACAACACUUCCAUCAGUAUUGAGAAAAAGAAUCUGAUCAACAUUCUGAUUGCACCGAAUGCUUCCGGGAAAAGUGUGUAUAUGAAGGCCGUGGCGCAGAUUAUAUACCUCGCCCACGUUGGAUCGUAUGUGCCAGCAUCAGAAGCAAUCAUGUCAACAGUUGAUGCGAUUUAUACUCGAAUGCAUGGUCCCGAAUCAUUGUACUUGAGUAAAUCGGCGUAUUUGGUGGAAUUACAGCAAAUGAGCAAUGUCAUCAUGAAUUCAUCUUCCAAAUCAUUGAUUUUGGUCGAUGAAUUAGGUCAAGGGACUACUGAAGCUGAUGGCAAAUCACUGCUCAUUGCUUGCUUACGUCAUUUGGACAGGCGUGGACGGGCGUGCCCAGUUUCCUUUAUCACAACUCAUUACACAGAUGUUUACGACUUCAUGGUGAACGGAGAACGGGUUGCAAUGAAAACAUUCGAAAUGACUCAAGCCGCUCAUGGAGGACUUUUAUCAACGUUCAAAGUAAUCGAUGGACGAUGUGUCGCACGUUAUGCAAAGGACUGUGCAAUUCUACGGCGAUUUUUGAAUCCAAUGACCGUUCAAAGUGCAGCAGGCAGCUCAGUCGGCAAUCAAACCAAGAAGAGCGACGCCGUUUCAUCGGUGGGUGAAAUGACAAUUGAAGAAAUCGAAAGCGAUGUACGUAACAAGAAAAUCGCUUGCGCUUCAACAAUGAUCAAGGCAUUCAUCAACAGUUCGGCCAACCGGAACGAAGAAGUCAAUUACAUGAAAAUUCUCGACAGUUUCCGGCUUUAGAGAUACCAAACUUCAAUUCGAUUACGCCAUUUUCCUACAAAAUCAAAAAUAUUCAAAAAAUACUCAAUGCUCUUUUUCCAAAGAAAAGAUUUUUCUUUAUUCAGAUCUUAAGCGUAAACUAAUUUUACAAAAAUAAAAUGGAUUUCUUAAAUUAA